UAAAUAAAAAUAAGUCAUGAUCACGCUAUGGUGUAGUCUUCAUUUUUCUGUUAUACAGCUGUAUUUUAUAAGAGAUGUGACAGAUCAGGGUGAAUUAGCACAAACCCCGUGAAAGAAAAACAUGAAACACUGAAGCAGAGCAAUUGAACAUUUAAAGUGUGUAAAAGAUUUCAAUAAACUCUCUUAAGAUGUUUGUAGAAGAGAAAAACAAAAGCUUCGUCGUCUGUUGUUCUCUGGAAAUACAGAAUAAACAUCAGUGUCAGUUUCCUCAAAUCACUGUCAUUGAUCAGUUUCAGUUUAUUAAAGGCAUCUGUAAGGCCCAUCAUGUCAGAAACAGAAAUGUGUUCAAUUAACAUGAAUGGACACUGAAAAUAUGACUUAAUAUGAAAGAAUCCAGCAGUAAUGGUUUGAAAUGUGAGUAAACCGAACAGAGCUUAAUUCCUACAUGAUGCCAUCUGCUGCACCAAUGAGAUUCUUCAGCGUCACACACUUUUGACUCUUUACACACGCGCACACACACACACACACACACACACACACACAGUCAUGUGAACGCAAGAAAAAGCAAAGACUGACUGACAUUUAGCUCUCACAAGUUAUCACAAACAUCUGCAUGUGUAUUGAUAUAGAGCUCAUUUUUGUGACCGCAUCGGAUUAUAAAUCAGAAUUUAACCGAUUUCCCUCGAGCUCCAGACCCUCAUCCUCUACAGGACUGAUCACUUAUAUUUGAAGGGUUUCGGGUGUGAAAGUGAGGGCGCCAGCGCGCGGGCGGACCGACUGACUGACUGAAGAAAGAUGGACGCGCAGCCGCCCGUCCUCGCGCACAGCCGCACCGGUGCGCGCCCGCCGGCUCUGUGACAUGGACGAAAGAGCUAAACACGGCGAGAGAAACGCGAAAACACGAGUGGCCGUUUCGCGGUGUUCAACACAGAAGCGGACACGUUUCCUUCUGUCGCAUUUUUUCCACGCGGCGCGUCAUUCGCGCUCAUCCGACUGGCUUUCGUAGCGUCGGUGAUUUUUUUAAGGAAUAUUACGGGAUUCUCUAAAGACUGAGCGGCCUGUGCUUAUUAAACACGAGCAACCGAAAGACUGCGCUGACAUUAGUCCAUAUUUCCAAAUAACGAAGGAAAAGACGGAAACAUGAGCCUGAGAGAGAGAGCGAGAGUGCAUCAGUAUUCACUGGAGGGGAGGGGGAGGAGCCUCGUAAAUCCCUCAGCCAAUGGUGUGUGAGUGAGGCAGAGCGCAGCAUCAUUUCAUUGACUCUCCUCCAUCAGCUGAGCUGUAAUUCUGCUGCUGCCGCUGGAGUUUUUCAGGGACAAAGGAUGAGAUCACUCGACUCUUUCUCUCUUCAUUGACAAACCUUUCAUCUUCAUCUCUUCCUCGUUGUCAUGCAUGUCAUUCUCUUCAUCUCUGGCUUGGGUUUGUGAAGAAAGACACUGGUGUGGAAUGAACGUUUCCUGCUGGGAUGAGGUGACCAGGAUGCAGUCGUGCUCUUUCAGUCUGUGAACAAACGGCAUCAGUGAGAGGAGGAGGGGGAGGGGAGCCCAAGAGAGAGAGAGAGAGCACCUGUUCCUCUGCUAUGAUCCAGCAUCAUGGAUAUGAACCUUCAGUCUCAUCGAUUCUUCUUCCCUCAGAUGUUCUGUGAUGCCGGCGUUCAGCUCACUGAUAUUAAGAUCAGCGAGCAGAGCAUAUGUCAGGCUCGUGCGUCUGUCAUGGUGUACGAUGACUCCAGUAAGAAGUGGGUUCCCAUUAAAGCGGGUCAGCAGGGCUUCAGUCGAAUCAACAUCUAUCACAGCACGAACACCAACACUUUCCGUGUGGUGGGGGUCAAACUCCAAGACCAGCAGGUGGUCAUCAACUACUCCAUAGUUAAAGGACUAAAAUACAACCAGGCGACGCCCACUUUCCACCAGUGGCGUGACGCCCGUCAGGUGUACGGACUGAACUUUGCCAGUAAAGAAGAGGCCACCACCUUCUCAAACGCCAUGCUGUUCGCUCUCAAUGUCCUCAGCGGUCAAGAUGGAGGUCCUGGUGUUCAGCGUCAGCUUCAGAAUGGACCCUGCACAGAAGAACUGGAGGUGCAGAGAAGGCAAAUGGAAAUUCAGCAGCAACAGAUGCAGGCGCAUAUCGAGAGAGAGAGACGGUCGUCCAACUCAGGUUCUCCCUUUCAGGGAGUUCCGGCAGUUCUGUCCGUAGCUCCGCCUCCUCUGUUUAUGCCGCCUCCUCUUUCGAUGGGCGGACCCUGUCCUCUGCCCCCACCCCCUCCGGGACCUCCCCCUCCCUCUGCAGGAGCACCGCCCCCACCGCCCCCUCCUUUACCUGUGGCUGGAUACGGAGGUCACGGAUCGUCGCAGGAGGAAGGUCAAGCCCCCACCGGUCUCGCCGCCAUGAUCGCUGGAGCCAAACUGCGGCGCGUUCAAAGGGCCGAGGAAAACUCUGCGUCCGGUGCCAAGAACGAUGCCAACCGCUCGAGCGGAGGGAGCGGAGGUCUGAUGGAGGAGAUGAACGCUCUACUCGCACGGAGACGGAAAGCAGUCGACGAGAAGAAAGAUGGAGACGGUCCGAAUGAUGAUCCCAACUCUCCGUCGCCGAUGUGUCGCGGGCAGAACGAUGGUGUAAAGAAACCGUGGGAUCGCGCCAACUCAGCCGAGAGAUCUUCACUGGUGUCCCGGGUUCGGCCUGUGGGAAGCAUGAAUGAUUCGGACUCUUUAGACUUUGACAGAAUGAAGCAGGAAAUCUUGGAGGAGGUGGUUCGUGAACUCCACAAGGUGAAGGAUGAAAUCAUUGAUGCCAUUAGACAUGAACUCAGUAGAAUCAGUACCACAUAAUGUUCAUCUGGACCUGCUCCGUGUUUUCUGGACCCAAACCCCUGGCAGAAGCUGCUGUAGCUGGUGAUGAAGAGGAUGAUGAUGAUGAUGACGUCCAUCAACGUUACUGCCGUAUUAAAGCAGACGGCUGCAUUUGCUCUAACAUGACGGCAACGUUGAGUUGGUCCUGCAUUUAAACGUGUUUAUGGAACGAAGCACCUCUUGCACUGAACUUCGAUGUUUUCAAUUGAUCUUUGGUGACAUCUUUACAAAUCCUUUUGCAGAAAUAAAAGAUUGUUUUCUUUUUAUUAUUAUUUAUUUUUAUUAUGACUGUAGUAGUAGUGUUUUCAUGUAGGGUAGUGCUAGAACUAAGAAUCAAUAAAUAAUAAUAUUAAUGAUUAUAAUUAUAUUGUUGCACAUCAAUUCAGAAUUUGCCUUUUAUAUUUUAGUUUUUCAUUUUCUGACGGUUCAUUUCUCAUUACAUCUUUUUAUGAAAGAGUUUUUUCCCCAAAUCCCUUUGGCUAUCAUAUUAAAUCACAGAUGGGAGUUUUUUAUCGGUUUUAAAUGGAAAAGAAGCAAAAAUUACAGUGAAAUGCAGAAAACAUCAAUAUACAUCAGAGUAUUUGUGAUCAUGUUGUUUAUAAAAAUGUUCAUUGACUGCAAGGACAUGUUGAAGUAUUGUUGUGUUUUAUGAUUUCUCUUUUUGACCAAGUGCUUCCUGGUUUUGAAAAAAUGACUUCACACAAAAAAAGAAUUGAAAUAAAACUGUGAAGGACGUGUUGAAUAAAUAUGUGAUGUUGUCUGUAAUUGUGAAAAUGAUGUUGUGUUUGUGGAGAAUAACGGAGUGAAAGCUUUCUAAUAAAACAAACAAAUCAUUGAAAUAAAUGUGGCGCGUCACACCGACACACAUUAAACACCAGCACUUCAUUUAUUCAUGAUUUAUUGUGGCCAUACAAAUGACAAAUAAAAACUCUAGAAUCCACGUUUGUUUAUUGAUUUGAAGUCCAAAAGAGCCACACUUUGAAUCUUUUAACACUACUGCAACUACAAACACCAUGAAGAAAUACACAAACAUUCCUCACUCAAAUUAUUUCCUAGAAA